GAGAUCAGGGAGGCCGGCCGGCCGGUCAGCGCCGCCAGUCGGCCGGCGACCGGCGACCCGGCCGCGCCCCAGGCGCCCUCACCUCGACAGAGGCGCAGUGGAGGGUCACCGGACUGGUCGGCAGAGGCGCAGUGAGGGGCCACGUGACCGAGCUACCCGGAGUCGGUGGCAUGUUCCGUGACUAGUCUGUGACAAUUCAGCCAAUGGUCACGUGAUAGUUCCGGCGCCUGUGACUCUAUGGGCGUCGCGGGACGCACUCACGGCUCUGUGGCCGUGCUCCUGACCUGCCUCUCAGUGGUGACCACGUGACCGGACUCGGCCUCUCAGUGGUGACCACGUGACCGGACUCGGCCUCUCCGUGGUGACCACGUGACCGGACUCGGCCUCUCCGUGGUGACCACGUGACCGGACUCGGCCUCUCCGUGGUGACCACGUGACCAGGUAGACGCCCAGCCUCUACUGUGCCGGCGCCAGCCUAUAACGAGUUACCGAGCCGACCUGCGUCUGGGUGAGAGCCUCCCGAGACGGCGAGCCGACACGAACAGCUUCAGUACGUCACCUGUGUGAAUCGCCGUCCGACACGGACAGCUUCAGUACGUCACCUGUGUGAAUCGCCGUCCAGCGGCUCCUGGGGGCGCCUGGUGCCUGGACACUCCCUCAGGUCACUGCGGCUCCUGGGGGCGCCUGGCGCCUGGGCACUCCCUCGGGUCAGUGCAGGGCGCCCGCCGAGUAUACCUGAGCGGCGACCCGCAGCUCAGGCUGUCACGGUGCUCUGUGUUCGGAGGGGAACUGAGGGACCGUCCUUGGUGUCCGAGUCUCCGCAGAGAACCCGCAGGGAACGGUGCUCCGCGGCUCUGCAGCCAACUGCAGCUUGUGGCUGCCAGUGAGCACCUAGUCUGGUGGCGAGGACGUUCCAUCAACUGCACACAGAACUCUGUGACCUUCAAUAAGACGCCUUUUGUGACACCCUGUGAGAGCCCUGAGUGGUAUCCAGCGCAGCGAGACCAGCCAUUGGUCUCCGAAGCCAUGGGCUGUUGUGCGUCCAAAAACCAUCCGCUCAGCGGCCACCUGGCCAAGUCGGACUACAGACUCCCCGCGCUGUCCGACCUGUACAAGCUGAAGCGGACGCCACAGCCGCUGGAGCCGGACGGCGAGACGGACGGCUUCAUCUCGGCGCGGCUGUUCCACAACCUCUACUACAGCGGCUUUUACGCGCCGUACAUCUGCAACCCCGAGUACCUGCUGCUGCUGGACUGCAGGUGUCAGCAGGACUACAACCGGCAGCACGUGAUGCUGGCCCGCUGGCGCGGCGCCCAGGACCUGGACGCCGCCGAGCUGGCCGGCCGCAGCCACGUGGUGCUGUACGACGACACCUCCUCCGGCUGGGAGGACGCCUCCGACACACUGGCGGCCGCGUUCGGCGCGCUGCGGCGCCGCGGCCUGGCGCCCGUCUGUAUCAGCGGCGGCUUCGGCGCCGUCCAGGCCCGGUUCCCCUACAUGCUGACCUCCAAGGUGCUCACCAUCAACACGUUCCGCACAAAGUACCUGCAGUGGUUCCCGUCGCUGGUCGAAGACGAGCUGCUGGUGGGCCGCGCCGACCAGGCCACCAACCCCAAUGUAGUCUGCGAGCUGCGCGUCACGCACGUGGUCAACCUGCUGCCGGCGCCUCUGCCGCGCGUGUUCGACCACAUCACCUACCUGGCGGCGCCUCUGCGCGAGGGGCAGGACCAGCAGCUGUUGAGUAUGCUGCCCAGGAUAUUUAAGUUUAUCACGGAGGCGCUGGAGUCGGGCGGCCGUGUCCUCAUCCACUGCGAUCAGGUGAGAACGCUCACCGG